AUGAUUAUUACUCACUUAUCGCCCGCGCGUCUCGUACCUUUGCCAUAUUUCCAUCCAAUUCCAUCUCUCUCGUUUGCUCCAUCUACUACUUACUUAUUUAUUGGUACAUCCCCGCCACCCACUCCCCCUCACACCAUGUCAGCCUCAGAUCCCUCCUCCUCCUCACAGUCCGAAUAUGUGACUCUGGUGUCCGGCGAUGGGUUCGAAUUCGUCAUCCCCCGCAGCACAGCCUGUGUGUCCGGGACGAUACGUCGCAUGUUAGAGCCGUCUAGUCGUUUCUCAGAAUCUGUUACCGGUCGAUGCGUCCUCGAGAAUAUCAGCGGCAUCGUGCUAGAGAAAGUAUGCGAGUAUUUCUGCUACAAUGAGAAGAAUAAGAACCAGACGUACGUUCCGGAUAUGGAUAUUCCGCCGGAGUUGUGUUUGGAGUUGUUGAUGGCGGCGGAUUAUUUGGAUGCUUGA